AUGUAUUUGGCAGCUGAUACAGAUCCUUCUGUUAAAAAUGGAGCAGAAUUGUUAGAUAGAUUGAUCAAAGAUCUUGUUGCGGAACAUGCGAUAACAUAUGUUUCUUCUUUUGCUGUUCAUCCUUUUACAACAGUCAACACUACUGAUUCAACACCGGAUAUUACAUCUAUUCCUCAAACAACUGCAUUCUCAUUGCCAAAAUUCAUUCCAUUACUUUCAGAACGCAUACAUGUAAUGGAUCCUUUCACGCGCAACUUUUUAGUUUCGUGGAUAAAAGUGUUAGAUUCGAUUCCUGAUUUGGAAUUGGUUUCCUUUCUUCCUGAUUUUUUGAAUGGUCUACUGCAAUUUUUAAGUGAUCCAAAUAAAGAUAUAAGGUAUGCGACAUCUAACAUCCUAGCAAAUUUUUUGGCUGAAAUCUGUGAUGCUGCUACAAUUAAUGAACAACAAAAAAAAUAUGCUAUUAAAAAAUAUUAUAUUGAGCAACAAAAACAAUUAACUGCUACUAUUUCUGAAGUUACUACAACCAAUGAGGCAGGCGAUGAUGGCUUAAUUGGUGGUGGUGAUUAUGGUGACGGUGAUGUUUCCCAUAAUGCUAUUAGUAAAUUAUUAUUAGUUGAUGAUAAUGGUAAUUUAAAAUGGGAUUUCGAUGAUGCAGAAGGUAGAGGAAAAGGAUCUUGGGUCCCGGGCCAAGGUGUUGUCAUUGAUUACACUAGAAUAGUACAAAUUUUGAUGCCACAUUUAUCUUCACACGGUAAAUAG